AACAAUUCACCCAGAAUUACAAAACAAAUGGGGAAUAGCUUUCGGCUUUGAAAGUCCAUGCCUCUACAGUUCAACGCUGCAUACCAAACUUCUCAUCUCAUCUGGACCAGUCGAAGAAGAGCUCUGAAGCUGUAGAACUGAGCGGAUUUUAGGAUGGUUGGGUUUGGGUUUUCCCGUUUUUUGAAGCUUUCGAUUCUUCUGGUGCUGUUCGGAGUUGGGGUGGCUGAAGAUGACGUCAAGUGUUUGCAAGGUGUGAAGGGGUCGUUUAGGGAUCCGGACGGCAACCUGGGGCUGUGGAACUUUGACAACACGACGGCCGGGUUCAUCUGCAAGUUCGUCGGCGUGGCGUGCUGGAACGACAACGAGAAUCGCGUGAUCGGGUUGGAGCUCCGGGAGUUGAACCUCGGCGGCGAGGUUCCCGGCGCCUUGCAGGACUGUCACAGCUUGCAGAACCUCGAUCUCUCCGGUAAUGGACUCUCCGGUACCAUACCUUCUCAAAUUUGUCGUUGGUUGCCUUAUUUAGUAACCCUAGACUUGUCCAGCAACGAUUUGACCGGGCCAAUCCCCCCGGAUCUCGGCAAUUGCACGUAUUUGAAUAAGUUGAUACUUAACGAUAACAAAUUGACUGGAAACAUUCCAUCUCAGAUUGCUAGUUUGGGUAGGCUCAAGACACUUUCUGUAGCAAAUAAUGAUCUCUCCGGUAGGCUUCCGGCGUCUUUUGACGGCUUCGAUCCCUCCGGGUUUGAUUUUGGGGGAACUGAUCUUUGCGGCGGCCCGGCUGGGAAAUGUGGAGGAUUAAGCAAGAAAAACUUGGCCAUAAUAAUUGCAGCUGGUGUUUUUGGGGCUGCUGCUUCUAUGCUGUUAGGGUUUGGAGCAUGGUAUUGGUAUUUCACAAAGUCUGCCAACAAUAGGAGGAAGAAAGGCUAUGGAGUUGGGAAGGCGGAAUCGGAUAGUUGGGUCGGGAUAUUCAGAGAUCAUAGGCUUACUCAAGUCGUGUUGUUCCAGAAACCGCUCGUGAAGGUUAAGGUGGUGGAUUUGUUGGCGGCAACCAACAAUUUUAGCACGGAGAACAUCAUAAACUCGAUCAGGACUGGAACGGCUUACAAAGCUAUCCUGCGUGAUGGUUCUGUGCUGGCAAUUAAGCGGCUGAAUAAUUGCAAGAUGGGCGAGAAGCAGUUUAGGAUGGAAAUGCAUAGGUUAGGGCAGCUCAGGCAUCCGAAUCUGGUGCCACUUCUGGGGUUCUGUACUGUGGAGGAGGAGAAGCUUUUGGUGUAUAAGCACCUAUCGAACGGGACUUUGUUUUCGUUGUUGCAUGGAAAUCUUGGUAUGCUGGAUUGGCCUACUAGGUUUAGGAUUGGUCUAGGUGCCGGCAGGGGGCUUGCCUGGCUUCACCACGGUUGUCAACCGCCAAUCCUCCACCAGAAUUUCAGUUCUCACGCUAUUCUUCUGGAUGAGGAUUUCGAUGCCAGGAUAAUGGAUUUCGGGUUGGCGAGGCUUAUGGCACCUCCAGAUGCACACGAGACUAGUUUUGUGAAGGGGGAUUUAGGUGAAUUCGGGUAUGUAGCUCCCGAGUACUCGAGCACAAUGAUUCCCUCAACGAAAGGCGAUGCUUACAGCUUCGGAGUUGUCCUUCUGGAGUUGGCUACCGGGCAAAAACCACUCGAACUCACCACUGCUGAAGAAGGCUUUAAAGGCAACCUGGUGGACUGGGUAAAUCAGCACUCUGGAUCGGGUCGUAUUAAAGAUGUCAUUGAUAAGAGCAUAUGUGGGAGGGGCCACGAUGAACAGAUCGUGCAGUUCCUAAGAAUCGCAUGCAAUUGUGUUGUCUCUCGCUCCAAGGAAAGGUGGUCGAUGUAUCAGGCAUACGAAGCAUUGAACAAAAUGGCUGCACAGCAAGGUAUCUCUGAACCAUACGACGAAUUCCCUCUAAUUUUCACCGAACAAGAUACUAGCAGUCCUAUGUAAUAUAUGCAGAAGGCAUGAAAAACCAUUGUGCCUCGCCAAAUGUUUCUCUCAUCUGGUACGCUCUCUCGUAUGCCUCUAGUGUAAGUGUUGUAAUGUAAUGUCCUUUUUACUAUCGGGUUUUGAAAAUAUGUCUGUUACUAUGGCUGUAUACCAUGAUUUAGUUCAUAAACCUUCCUUUUGUCAAGUACUUGUUGGAUCAAAAGCAACUGCUGAUUAUUGUUCUAUUGACAUUUGUAAUUUACACCUCCAAUCUUGAAUUUUCAGCAUUGGAAAAAACUCCUAACCUGAAGCUGUUGAUA